UAGCAUCAGUUGCUCAUCAGUAACACAGUGCUACGAGUGGUAUUAGAUUUCUUGCCAGUUGCUUGAAAUUGAUCGUGUUUCGAACUGUUUUUCAAUGAUCACUGUUGUGUAAGAAUAAAAUAAUAUACCAUGAGUGAGUGCCAAACUAAACAGUGCAAAGGAAAAGGAAAAGCCAAAGCUAAAGAUGAAUUGAAAAAAGAGCCCCCUCAUGUGCAUCUAAAACCGAUAAUUCACCACAGUGAUUUUACAUCGACGAAUUAUUAUCGACCCGACGGCGCAGUGGAGGUUUUGCAGCAAUUCGGCAAAUUUCAACCGGGUCUGAAAAUUAAAGUGAUGAACAAAAAAGAUUGGAGAUCUUUUCUGCGAUUCGGCACAGAGAUGAUCCUUACGAAAAGCGGCCGGACUAUGUUUCCACCGAUUCGCGUGCAAUUGCAGGGACUGUUUCCUGAUAGGCUCUACAUGAUCGUGCUGGAGUUUAAACUCGUGGAUUAUGUCCGUUACAAGUACCAUAAAGAAAAAGAAAGCUGGGUGGCAGGCAAACCGUUUAGUCAGGAAGUGCAGCCGCCGGUAAAUAGUCGGAUCAUUGCCUACCAGCCGAUGCCAGGCUCGAAGCUGAUGCACCACGAGCUCAAUUUUAAACAAAUCAAAUUCUCCAACGACAGACCCGGUGAACAAAUGGUAUCUCUGAGAUCGAUGCACAAGUAUUGCCCGCGUCUGUGGAUCAUAGAGUGCGACGGUCACAUCAAUCUGCGGCACAGCAUCCAGACCCUUUUGCACCUCUACCCGUCCUUUAGCAGGGACCUCGAGUACUCCGAGUUCAUCGCCGUUACGGCCUAUCAAAACCAGCAAGUAACCGAUCUAAAAAUUGAAAUGAAUCCGUUCGCCGCUGGCUUCACGUCAACGGGCAAGGCCAACACGAGGCGCAAACGCGAAGCGGCCAAGCUGAGGGAGAAACAACAAUUGGCCAAUACAUCGGAACAGACGGACGAUGAAAAUUCGGCCCAAGAGAGCAGAUCAUGUAGUAGGAAGGCAUCUUCCGACGAUGAUAACAACUCAUCAUCCGAUGAAUGCGAUUGUCCAAAGCCUAGGCAAGUGAACGACGACUGGUACUGCCUCAUACACGAAAAUCAAGCGACUCGACGCACGAGUUCUUCUUUUCAUCGGCCUUGGGAGGCUCACAAUCGUCCAGGCAGCUCAUCUCCAUCAUCGUUGCCGCCGGCUCCUUACGUAUCUGCCGAUGUCAGUGAGUCAAGUCCUCGAGUACAACAUUCUGUCCCUCGAUCAAAUCCUCAGAUAACCCCAUUUAAGUUGGAUUCGCUCAUCGAGCAAAGCGUGCUUACGCCCUUCUCCGCCAUGCCUCCUUACGUGCACCAGGCUCAUGCCGGAUUCGUCCCGAUGUAUCCGAAUAUCGACAUGCCUGCGCUGCCUACGAAUCCUCCGAUGCAUGACUUGCCGCUGCAAAUGCAUUAUGGUCCUCUCCUACCCGUGGGUCCGAUGUAUGGCCAUCAAUUGCUUUACGGCCCAACUUUUCCUGCGGAACCUGUAUCGAAGUAUCAAAUGACCCUCGAUGCUUUUCCACUGACACCGCCACAUACGCCCAAGUCUGAUUAUUUGGAGACUGCUCACCUAAGCCUUGCCGGAUCGAGGCCCAAUGGAUCUCAUGCGACUCUGAAAAGACGAAAUUCACAACCGUGUGAAGUCUGUGUAGACGAGGAACAGUCAAGCUCCCCCACAAGCACACAUUACCCACGGAAGCGCUGGCAAUCGGACUCUGUGAUCCGAUAUACCCAAGUUUGAAAAAAAAUGUUGUAAAUACUUUGUUUUUGUCAUUGAAACUCUAAUUUGACAGAUAAUUAUAAUUUAUUAAGUUUAUAUCUAUAAAUUGUACAUAAAAACAUUGUAAUAAGAGUUGAUGAGACUGAAUUAAUUUCGAAUAAGUUGUGAAUUACAAAAAUAUUCUGUGAUUAACUCGAUAAGCUUAUGUAAAAUAUCCCAUUGAUAUUUUUAAUUUUUAAAAAAUUUUUUUCUUUUACUUUUUUAUUUGACAAUUGUUCAUUUGUAAAGGUAAAUUGCAUAAGUAAAGAUAUCCUAUGCAAAUGCAAUGAAAAUUUGAUUUAGAUUACGAUCGUUAAUCAUCAAAUUAUGAAUUAUAAUUGAAAUAAAUUGAAAAAAGUUAAAAUAAA